AUGUCUGCAAUCGGCCUCGACUUCACCAAGAACCUCUCCUACUUCACCAUCCCCGCCGUCUUCAUCGCAACCUGCCUCGGCCCUCACACCUUGGCCGUCGCCUGCUCCGGCAAGACGUACGACAACGCAAACCCGCGAGCGUUGCGCGACGCCGUCUGCAAGAAUGAAGCCAUCGACAAGCCCCGCCAGCAGAUGAUCCUCCGCGCAAAGGGCGCCUCCGAGAACGGUUUCGAAUCCCUGGGCCUCUUCGCGGGCGGUGUCAUCGCCGCCAACCAGGCCGGGCUUCACCCGUGCGUCCUCAACACCCUGAGCAUCGGCUAUCUCGCCGCCCGGCUCGCCUAUGUGUUUUGCUACGUCAAGCUCGGCGCGAACAGGAAGCUGGCUGGGCUGCGCAGCCUGGCGUGGAUGGUCAGCGUGACGCUGUGCCUGACCAUGUGGGUGAAGGCUGGGAUCAAGGCGAUGCAGUGA